AUGGCGAGAACCAGCAGAGUCACGUCGGGUGCUGCAGCUUCAUUGAUGGACUCGAAUACGCGCCCGAGAGCGACGAGGACUGUCACGGCGGAAUCAGCCACGUCCACCGCCGAUGCGAGCGGAGCGGGUCCUGGAGUUGAGCCAAAGUCGACGGCACUGCCCGCGAUCCGCUUCUUUCCGCACCAAGAAGUUCGCAGCAAUGGCAGGCAGUCUUUGAACUUUGGACCCGUGUCACGAACGUUACCAAGCGACGAGUCCAUUAUUCGUGUCGGCCGCUACUCUGAGCGAGAAGGCAUCCCCAAUCCCAAUCCUAUGGGUCCGUCAGACGCCCCUGUUGGAUUCAAGUCAAAAGUUGUAUCUCGAAAGCAUUGCGAGUUCAGCUAUGCGCAAGGGCAAUGGUAUAUCAAGGAUGUGGCCAGUUCUUCCGGCACUUUCCUCAAUCAUAUCCGCCUGAGCCCACCCAACACGGAAUCUAAACCAUUUCCUGUCAAGGAUGGUGAUAUCGUGCAAUUGGGGAUUGAUUUUCGGGGUGGCGAGGAGAUGAUCUUCCGUUGCGUUAAGAUUCGAAUUGAAUGCAAUCGGUCAUGGCAAAAGAAGCCUAAUAAUUUCAACAAGCAGCGCCAUGCUCAACUCCAGAUGCUCGCAAAGGACCAGCCCGCAGCUGACGCAAGCAGCGGUGAAUGUUGUAUAUGCCUCGGUCGCAUUGCGCCUUGUCAAUUUCUCUUUGUUGCUCCGUGCGCUCAUACAUGGCACUACAAAUGCAUAAGGCCACUUCUCGAGGGCAAGAAUCACAAUUACGUACAGUUCCAAUGCCCGAAUUGCCGUGCUUAUUGGGACCUAAAUGCGGAUGUUGAUGUUGACAUCGACAUGGACGAUGACUCAGCAGCGGAAGCAGAAGAUCAGCCUGCGAAUGGCAACGGUCAGGUUUCUGAGCCCACGGGAGAGUCCGGGGCCACGAAUGUCGUCGUUACCCCUGCUGCUGCUGAAGAUACUGCCGCGGAUAGCCAAACGCGCAAUGGCACUUUGCUUUCACGUCGCCAAGCGAACAAGCCCGAGUCCUCAGAGAUCGCCUCCGUCUCUCAAGCGAUUGAUACGCCUCGAAGAAGUGGUGAUGAUGGAGCGAACCUCGAAACCACACGGACGCAAACGCCUGACAGCGGAGAUCGCAACGUCAAUGGUGCCGAAGGACCAUUGACACCUCGCAACGAUGUUGGUCCGUUCAUACUAGACGGAAGUGCCGGCCGAGCUUCAGGGCGUCGAGUCACAGCAAUCAAUGAGGUGACCGAAAGCGAUUCCUGA